AUGACAGUGAAAGAAGCAGCAAGGACCAGUGUCCUUUCACGUCGGUGGCGUAAAGUGUGGGCUUUUAUUCCCUCCUUGAACUUUGACACUCCACAUAAGCUAGACGCGGAAGUAUCAAUACAAGUAAACCGGAGAACAAUAAGAUUGGUUAAUGCUGAAAGACUUAGACAUGUAAAUUGGAUAAAUCGUGUCUUGGAGUCAUAUCAGGGUUCUACUAUUGAUGAAUUCAGGGUUCGAUUUGAUUUGAAUGAAGAUCAUAAACGUGAUCUCGAUAGAUGGGUGAACUUUGCAAGUGAAAAGAAAGUCAAAGAGUUUGUGAUGGACUUACAGAUUUCCCUGAGAACUCUCCAGCUAAAAGAAGUAAAUGUGAGUGGAGAUGGUAUUGAAUACUUGUUAUCUUCUUGCCGUUGCUGGUCAAUCACUUUGCUCGAAGCACUUGAAGAUAAAGCGUUGCAUGCAUUUGAAAAGCAUAUAUAUUUCCGCGACAAAUCUGUUGUCAUUCAUAUAUUCUUGUCGACCUCAAGUCUCUUUUGGGAAUGUCCCCAACCUUGUUGA